ACCCUAUUUUGAGAAAAAGAAAAUGUACGUGGAACAAAAAAAACGUCCGCUUUGGGACCAAAAAAAAAGCCAUCUGAUUGCCACGCUAAAAAUUACCUCCGCCGUAGCGCGAAAAUCAGCUCCACCGUCACGCUGCCCCGGUGGGCUUCUUCCUCCGCCGCCGCCUCCUCCUCCUCCAUACAAGAGCUCUUGAUUUCUCUCUCGUUCUGAUGUCUCCGGUGCGAAUUCUGGUUAUGUACAAUGGCGAUUGGAUAUUUAGUGAGAAUGGUUUUGAAUUUAAUGGCGACAAAUUAAAAGGAAUCGUCGUCGAUGAAAAGAUUACAUAUACUGAUCUUCUGGACAGAGUGUAUGAUAUUGUCAAAGUUGACCGAGCUGAAUUUGUGGCUACUAUGAAAUGUUUGUAUAAAGCUCAUGUUCCGACUCCACCAACAGAGAUAUUAGACAAUGAAGAUGUCGAUUUUUUCAUCGGUGAGAAUCUUGUAGACGACCAUGGCAGGAGAACACCGUUGUGCAUCACUAUCAAGCGUAGAGAAUCGUUAAAUCAAGGAAAGGAGGUGCAUUAUCCAGCUCCGUUCGACUCGGGAAGUGUAAGUAAUCAAACUUCUGGUUUUGUGCCUACUGCACAAGAUUCUCAGUUUCCUCCCUUUCUUGCUCUUACUGAAACCGAAGAACAGAACACAACUGCUAUAAGUUGUGGCCCUCAGGAAGACUUGAAUUGUGAUGAUGAGAUGCAAAAUGUUGUUCAACAUCAACACGAGGACUGUAAUGAUAAUAGAGAACGUGAUAACGAGGUAGAAAACGUGCAUAUGCAGAACGAUACUUAUGGAUGUAGCGAUGAGAUUCAUCCCCAUACCUCGAGUAAUAUGUCUUUCGAUAGUCUUACUGUUCGAAAUGGCAGAAAAAGCAUCCAAGUAUAUGAAACUCCUGAUCCAUUGAACUCGAGCAUUCAACCAUGUAUAUAUUCCGAGCAGCUGAACGUUAAUGUGCCGAAGAAUUUGACUAUCGAGCAGUGGACGUCUAAUUAUACCAUAGCAGUGGGGCAAUCUUAUCCAAGCAAGAAGGAUGUACAGAGCAAAUUAAGUCUGAUGGCUAUAAGAGAAAAUUUCGAGUUCAAAGUAAGGCGUUCGACAAGAGACUUAUUGUUUGUUAUAUGUGUAGAUAAAGGCUGCAAAUGGCGAGUUCGUGCAUCGAAGAUGAACGAUUCUGAUUGCUUUUUGAUAAGAAAAUUCCACAACGUCCAUACUUGCUCGACCGAGAAGUUUCAUCGCAACCAUCAUCAAGCCAGUAGUUGGGUUGUUGGUCAGCUGAUCAAGUCCAAGUUUGAGGAAGGUGCAUCUGAUUAUAGACCAAAUGACAUAAUCAAAGAUGUAGAGAAACAACUUGGAGUUACCAUAUCUUACGAUAAAGCUUGGAGGGCACGAGAGAUCGCUCUUCGUUGUCUAAAGAUAUCGUAUGACCGAGAGAAACGGUCUCGUGGGAGACCCAGAAAGGAAAAACUUGUAUCGACUGACAAAGAGCCGUCGCUUCGAUUGUGUGGGACUUGUGGUGGUCGUGGUCACAAUAGAAAAACAUGUAGGAGUCUCAUUGUUCUACAGUGAAGUGUUUAGAGGACUGGGAGUUAUGUUUAAAGAAAAACAGUGAGUUAAUGAAGGAGUAGGUAGAUCUUGACCCUUUUUUUGUGGGGAUCUUCAAUAAAUGAAACAUCAUAUAUUCAAAUGAUCAUCCACUUUCUCAAU